CCCAGCCGGGCCGCGCGGCGCCAUGAAGGGCAAGGAGGAGAAGGAGGGCGGCGCGCGGCCGGGCGCGGGCGGCGGGAGCCCCGAGAAGAGCCCGAGCGCGCAGGAGCUCAAGGAGCAGGGCAACCGGCUCUUCGUGGGCCGCAAGUACCCGGAGGCGGCCGCCUGCUACGGCCGCGCCAUCACGCGGAACCCGCUGGUGGCCGUGUACUACACCAACCGCGCGCUGUGCUACCUGAAGAUGCAGCAGCACGAGCAGGCCCUGGCCGACUGCCGGCGCGCCCUGGAGCUGGACGGCCAGUCCGUGAAGGCGCACUUCUUCCUGGGGCAGUGCCAGCUGGAGAUGGAGAGCUUCGACGAGGCCAUCGCCAACCUGCAGCGAGCCUACAACCUAGCCAAGGAGCAGAGGCUCAACUUCGGGGACGACAUCCCCAGCGCCUUACGCAUUGCCAAGAAGAAGCGCUGGAACAGCCUCGAGGAGCGGCGCAUCCACCAGGAGAACGAGCUGCACGCCUACCUCACUCGCCUCAUCGUGGCUGAGCGCGAGAGGGAGCUGGACGAGUGUCAGCGGAGCCACGAGGGGGAUGAGGACGACGGCCACGUCCGGGCCCAGCAGGCCUGCAUUGAGGCCAAGCACGACAAGUACUUGGCGGGCAUGGAUGAGCUGUUCUCCCAGGUGGACGAGCGCAGGAAGAAGCGCGACAUCCCCGACUACCUGUGUGGCAAGAUCAGCUUUGAGCUGAUGCGAGAGCCCUGCAUCACACCCAGCGGCAUCACCUACGACCGCAAGGACAUCGAGGAGCACCUGCAGCGUGUGGGCCACUUUGACCCCGUGACCCGGAGCCCCCUGACCCAGGAUCAACUCAUCCCCAACUUGGCCAUGAAAGAGGUCAUCGACGCCUUCAUCUCUGAGAACGGCUGGGUGGAGGACUACUGAGGCCGGGGUGCCUGCUCCACUGCGGGCGGCCUGGCCCAGGGGCCCUGGGCAGUAGCUCCAGCCUGUACAUAGUCUGCGUCCCCGCCUGCCCCACCCAUCCUGCUGCUGGGCCGCAGCCUCCCCUCCCCUCCCCUCCCCUCCGCCUGGGCCAUGAGUAGCAGGGAAGGGUGGGCUGGGCUGAGGCCGCUGCUGCGCUGCCCCUGCAAUAAAAUCUGUGCGUGCUGCCAGGCGUGUGCUGCCGUGCGCGGGCUGGCUAGCCGAGGAAGGUGGAGAUGAAGACGCUGGUGUCGAGGUUGAGCGUGGCGUGCCACCAUCGGUCAGGGAAAUAGAGCACCUGGGGGGGAUGGGCACGGGGUUAUUUGGGGGCUCCCCUGCCUAGCCCAGCUCCUGAAUUCUUUCCCACCAUCCCGACCUCUCCAGCCCUGACAGUGCACUCCAGGGGCCGCUCGGAGGGUGCCAGGGCUGGAUAUGUGUCCUGGAGCCAGGCCAGCGUGGUCUUGUUGGGGUGGAACUCUGGUGUCUUCCCAGGCGGGUACAGAAACCAGCGCUGCAGAGAAAAGGAUGGGGUGAUCUGUGUUGUGUCUAGUGCCCCCCACACUUCAGCCCCCACCCUGUGCUGACCUUGCGGCCGUAGAUCACUUCCGAGAACCCGGGCCCGUGCCAGUGAAAGGGCACCCCAGAGCCGGCUCCUGUGGGUCAGUUAAGAGCUGCUGGUGACCAAGCCCCCGCUGCCCCACCCCUCCAAUGCCAGGCCCCUGCGGGGCACCCACCUGCAAUCCCAAAGCUGUAAGCAGCAGUAGUGCCCAACAGACCGAAGGGGGGCGGGGAGUAGUGCUGGAACAGCGCUGCCCACUCGGUGAAAUUGUUGUCCCCAAAGAAAUACAAGGUGUCUGCAAGCACAGAACGUGAGGCUCCGGG